AUGUCCAUACACACGCCUACGGAGAUCCAGGCGGCCUGUAUACCUCCACUACUAGCAGGUGUGGAUUGCAUCGGAAACGCAAAGACUGGUUCUGGGAAGACCUUGGCCUUCGCUCUUCCCAUUAUUCAAAAGUUAUCGAUUGACCCAUUCGGUAUAUUUGCGCUGGUUCUGACCCCUACAAGGGAACUUGCUUUUCAAAUAUCUGAACAAUUUGUUAUACUCGGAAAUUCGAUGAACGUACGCACAGCAGUGAUAGUAGGAGGCAUGGACAUGAUGAGCCAAGCUCUUGAAUUGGGCAAUCGGCCGCAUAUAGUUAUUGCUACACCCGGGCGCCUGGUUGACCAUCUAAAAAGCGGUAGCGGAGAGUGGACCUUAUCUAGGGUCAAAUUUCUUGUACUCGAUGAAGCUGAUCGUUUACUGUCUUCCAGCUUUGUUCCAGAACUGUCUUACCUGUUCAAUGCUCUUCCGAAGGAUCGCCAGACCUGUCUUUUCACGGCUACGUUGACUACAUCAAUCGAAAAUGUAGCGAAUACAGCCCCCAGACCUGGCAAACAGAAGCCAUUCAUCCAUCGGAUGACGCAAAAAAUAGACACUGUUGCGACUCUCAAGCAAUCCUAUAUCUUAGUGCCAUCUCACGUCCGCGAGUCGUAUCUUUUCCAUUUCCUUUGCAAUCCUCCGGAAAGUACCCUCCACUUGCGUCGCGCUCCUUCUGGACCCACUGGUACAAAGAAGCAAAACAAAUCCAAGCGGAGCCAAUCUGUUGAGGACGAAGCUCCAGAGCAGCCACCUCCAACAAUCAUCUUUUGCGCUCGCCCACGAACAGCGGCGUACUUGACGCUACUACUCAAGACACUAUCAAUACGGAGUACGGCGUUACAUUCUCGACUUACACAACGGGAACGGCUUUCUUCGUUAUCAUUAUUCCGGUCUUCGAUCGUACCCGUGUUGAUCUCAACCGACGUUGGAGCGCGGGGUCUUGAUAUUGAAGAUGUUGCCAUUGUCAUUAAUUGGGACCUACCCGAAGAGCCAGAAGAAUAUAUACAUCGAGUGGGGCGAACUGCUCGAGCCGGCAAAGGGGGUAUAGCCGUUAGCUUCGUCACAGAAAGAGAUGAAGACCGGGUCCUCAAGAUCGAAGACCGCAUAGGUGUAAAAUUAGAAGAACUAAUUCUUUCAGAAAGUAAGAUUCUCGAGAAGUUGAACGCUGUAUCAACAGCCAAGCGCCUAGCCAACAUGGAACUUCACGACUCUAAUUUCGAAAAACGGGAAAGAAUUAAUCGGCUCAAAACGCAAACCUAG